AUGAACUUGACAUUGUCUCCAUUGGAAGCAUCUUUUAAAAUUAGUGAUUAUUAUGCUGUUUGUUUACUUUCGGGAAUUAUAUCUAUAAUUGCUAUCGUCAUAUCCAUAUUUAUAUUAAUAUUAGUAUGGAGAACAAAACCCCAACUUCAUACAGUUAGACAUUUAUUAAUGUGUAAUACAUCCAUUGCAUCAAUAUUAUAUUGUAUUAUUCAAUCAAUAAAUUAUAUUUUUCUUAUUUUCUUACCUUCGGAAAAGACUGAUCUAGGUUGCCGUUGGCGUGGUUAUUUUGCUUAUCUAAGUAUUUGUGGAAUUAGUUAUUCUUAUUUUAUUCAAGCUAUAUCUCGUUUUUUUAUUUCUAUACUCUCACAUAAGUAUAGAUGGUUAACAACAUUCAAAGCACAUUAUAUACUUAUACUUAUUCAAUGGUUUACUGUAAUCAUAAUUCCAUUACCUGCAAUAAUAACAAAAGAUAUACAUUAUCGUCCUACUUCACUUUGUUGGGUACCACUGAAAUAUAUAAUUCAUGUUAUUUAUACUUUCUUUGCUUAUUACAUAUUUCCUGCAUUAUGUAUUUGUAUAAUUUAUAUUUAUAUAUAUCAUCGAGUUAAAAGAAUUACGAAUCAUCCAGAUACAUUGUUUAGAUUUCCAAACGGAGAAAAACGUGAUCUUGAACUACUUCGUAAUAUUAUGAUUCUGUUGGGUAUUUAUUGGUUAGGUGGAAUUCCAAGUAUAUUAUUCGUAAUUACUGCUAACAAGUCAAUCUAUUUGAUAAGUAUUAUUAGUAUAUCAUUAACUGUGGCUGUUGAAAAAAUAUGUACAAGCAUUCUUGAUCGUGAUAUUCGUCAACAUCUCAAACGUUUGUUAAUUUCAAGGAAUCGUGUCGUAAGUUUUGAUCAUGGAAGAGACAUUCAAAAUCCUAAUCAUAUCCAAGUAAAUCCUUAUCAAAAUGUUGUGAAGAUAUAG